ACCAGAGCGUACACCUGAGAACUACGAUUCUGCUGUUGAUCGCCUCCAGACUGAAGAUACUCAGGCUGUGGAAGGAGUAAAGUUCAAAAAUGGAUGAUGCACAUCAUAGCAGCAUACGCAGUGCCAUUACCAGAGUGCUGCCAGAACUCCCAACCUCAAUUCUAGAUAUUUUAGAGGAGACCCUACAAUCACUGGGGGUGGAGACAGCUGAGGAUUUUACCUUUAUCCAGGAAAGUGAUCUGCUGUCAGUACUCAGACCAGUUCAAGCAAGGAAAUUGGUGGCUGCCUGGAAACAAACCACACAGAACACUGAAAUCCACAGCCAGUCACCAUUAUCCUCUCCAGCUUCCUCGACGUGCUCCUCAUUCUCUGCCUCUCCUUCACCCAGCAGCAUGAUUGCUGGUCCAGACUGGACUGACUGCUUUGAGAUUCCAUGGAAGAAUUUUCCUGAAGAACUGAUUCAGUGUUUUGAGAGAGAGAAAAGGCCAAAACCACGGUUGCGUAGAGAAAUGAUUCGGAUUGUCGUUUCUGAGAUGAUGAAGGUCUGCCCGUCUCCUUGCAAGAAAGCCUCUGUAGAAGUUGCCAAGAAAAUGUUGGCAAAGUAUCCGAAGUCACUGCAAGAUGUCAUCGAAGGUGAUGUGGUGGGACCAGGCUAUCACUCCCUGGUUAAGCAGUUACAAACCAGGAUUGAGAAUGUAAAGCGGUCCUCAACACCAAUGAUGAUGAAACGACAAAAGGGGUCAGAUGAGUAUGACACGGAGGAGAUCCCAGCUGAGAAAAGAGCAGCAGUUCAAGACACUUAUGGCUGCGUUAAAUGGGACAUGAAGUUUCUUCCAGUCAGUGAAACUGCAGAAACCCAGCAAAAGAAGAAAGAUGAAAUGAAGAUGCUUAGUGAGCAGUUAAACCCCAGUCCCGACGAGAAAUAA